UUGUCAAGGCUGCCUGUUCGCAUCCUCAUGCUCUGAAGUGUGUCGGACACGGUUUGGUCUCUGUGCUCGCACUUACAGCUACUAUAUGUAGCUGGCAAUCCCAGAAGCUAUGGAGGGGAUAUCGGAACCUCUUCUGAGCCAGCUCGAGGACAUUGCCAAAACUUAUGAGCAGUCAAGUAGCACAAUUGCAGUAAUUGAAGAACUGUUGUCCAAUAGACUUGCAGCGCCUGAGGCGGAACCAGAGCCGCCUCUGCAGCCGGAUGCUCUUCUUGACCAGGAUGCAGAGGGCGCACUUGAAGAAGCGCCUGAGCGGUCGUCGGCGCCAGCUGUGUUGCGCUCUGCAGAGGCGCGGAAAGCGCUUUUGUUGGCGAAAGCUCCAAGUCUCCAGCGGGCGCCAUUGUUGCUUCCACAGGUAUCCAUGCGGGGCGAUCGGGACCGGGCCGCGCGGUCCAGCAACGACGGCGCAGGGCUCGGGUCGCCGUCCAUCCCCAAGCUGCCGCCGCUGCUGGAGCUAGCCCCCCUCAGCAGCGACGGCUGUUCCAGCCCCGGCGGCGGAGGCGGCACUCCACGCAAAGCCGCGGUCGGGGGCCCCAUGGCCGCCCUCUCUCGCGGCAACUCCAUCCCGCGCCGCAACAGCCAGCCCGGCGCAAGCAGCACCAACCUCGUCAUCAGCUCCAGCACCGCCAACUCGCACAGCGGCGCCGCGUUGCCCACGCAGCUGCCUGGCUCGCCCUCAGGACGCCUCGCCACGCAGCUCAGCCUGCCGCCGCCCCGCCGCUCCGACGACGGUGCGCUCAGCGGCAGCGGCGCCGCCAGCCCCGCCGGCGGCCUCGGCAGCGGCCCCUUGGGUGCAGGCGGUAGGCGACCGCGGCUGAGCCACACGGCCAGCAGUCGGGCCUUGGAAGGCUUCGGCGUCUCUGCGUUGGGCCUGGGGUCGGCGUCGGGUAUGGAAGCGGCACCUGGCCUGGCGGGCGCCUCGUCUGUGACUGUGCCGGGGGUGCUGGCGGCAGGGCUGUCGGCAAUGGGGCUACAGCAGUCAGGCGCGGUUGGACCCAGCAGCGGUGGUGGUGGCGGGAGUGCAGGCGGCACAGCCAGUGGCGGCGGUGCUGUGGGGCCGGUCCUGGGCGCCGUGGCGAGUUUCCGGGCCCGGCGGCUGAGCAGCUUCGCAGGUGACCGCCCCUCAGGCGCGGCCAGCGGGUCAAACAGCCCGUUGGUGCAGGCGGGGUCAGUGGGCUCCCCCGCAGCCGCCGGCAGCCGCCUGCCCUUCUCCGGUAACCAGUUGAUACCCUGCCCGCCCUCAGCCCCAGCGCCGUCGGGGGCAGUCAACAUCGGAGAGCGCGGGGAGCGCCCCGCGCAGCUGUCAAGUCCCAUGUCCCCACACACUUCCCUGAUCAACGGGCUAAUAGGCUUCGGCGGCAACUCGCCUGUUCCGGGCUCACCGCUAAGCUCGUACGCAAACACGGAAAGUGGCGCCGCCAUGAUGCCUGGCGGCAGCGGCCGGCCCAUGCAGCCCAUGCCGCCGCCGGCAUGGUCUGGCGCCGGCGCCGCCGCCGCUGGGCUGGCGGCGCGAUCCUCGAAGCGGCUGCUUCUGGCGGCGGCGCUCUCGUCCCCAGCUUUGGGCAGUAGCGGCGUGGCGGGGGCCGGCGGCAGCAGCGCGAGUGGCGCGGCAGCAGCGGGUGGCGGCGCGGCAGCAGCAGGUGCAGCUGUCGCUGCCGUCAGGGCUGGAGCCGGCGUUGGCGGUGUCUGCCCAAUUCCGCGCAGCAGUGAUGACCAGGCGCCGUCGCCGUUCGGGACUCUCUCGGGCUCUGUCGCCGCCGCCGAGGCGGCAGCGACAUCGGGCGUAGGCAUGGUGGGGGAUGCGGCAACUGAGCCAGGGUCGGGGUGGGCAGACAGGCAACAGGAGCUGGCGCUAGAUGGCACGGGCGGGAAUGAGCUGCAGCAGGCACGCGAGUCGGGACCCGCGCGAGCAUCGUAUAGCGGCAUGCCCAGCUUUCAGUUCCGGACCGAGAACUCUGUGGGAUUAAUUGACGAGGUCGGUUGCGCGAGCGGUUGUGCAACCGCCUCGCCGCACAUGCGCAGCAAUAGCAGGCGGCUGCCGGCAACGCAUGACUCGACGGACUUGCAGCUGCUGCCGUCUGUCGGGUCAGGUGGCGCGGUGGGACCAGCGACCUGGACCCCUAUGGGCCUGCCGUCGCCGACGCCUUCGGGACCUGUUGCAGGAGGGAGCCAGAAGCAGCUGCAUCGGCGCAUGGACUCGCAGCGGCGGUCGUCGGGGCUUGCGAAGCAGACUUCGCUCACAGCGUCAGCAGGCGUGGGCGCUGGUGUGGCUGUGGUUAUGGCCGGUGGCAGCUUGGCACGGUGAGCACACGGGUGGGAGCCCGGGGCCGCUGAAACAGGCGGUGCUGGACGGCAGGCGUCAGGAUGCGGCUGCGAAGCGGUGCUUCAUGGCCAGUGGUGGAGUGGAGGGACUGCGAUGGUGGUGGUGGAUGUUGCCUCAGAUGUGGCAUUAAAUGGAUUUGGUGGGUCUUGGGAGGCAAGCCCAGAACAAUGUCAAACAGCAUGUCGUGGUUGGUACCCAUGAUUUGGAGAUUGAUAACUGACCGGUUGUGCCAUGUCGGACUAGUAUUGUACGGCAUGUGGCGGGGUGAGUUGGGCUGGAUGAUGCAUCGAGGUGGGGUCUGGGCAGCAAGCUCCGAGCAUGACAAUUUUGAGUAGUGUAUAAGUUGUGUUGUGCUAUUCAACCAGUUCAAGGACUGAAAAGACUGGCGGGAGUGCCGUGUGAUAUGUGGCAGGUCGGGUCGGGUGGGGCCCCUGGAGCGUGAUUCGGGUUGCGGUUGGUAAGCGCGUGUUCCAGGCCUCUCGUGGAGUGGUAUGGAGUGGAGGGAUUGUGAGGGUAAACGUGACACCAAGUGCAAAUGGUGGAUGCCAGGUUUGUUAGCAAUUACGGGGUAGGACCCCGUGCUCUGGUGCCUGUGAACUGCCACAGGAAAGGUGGCUCUCCCCCUCAAGGGAAAUGUGGGCUGCCGCAGGAGCUCAAACCCCGCAUAGCUGUGCGGGCGCGUCCCGGCAUCCGUGACAGGAAGCAAAGAAUCGGGCGUGUCAAAUGGUACUGAGUCCUCCUUUGUGUGUUUAAUCAUGGCCGGGCAUCUCUGUUCUCCUAUGCGUGAUUCCCAGUUACGUUGCGCACCUUAUUCUAGCUCCCCUCCUCACUUUCACCCUAAGUUUCCCCCGUACCGUUCCCAGUGCUGGUGUCGUUCAUUUACGCGGUAGAGAUUUGCCCCAAAUCCGCCGAAGACGGAGACAUGUUUUGGUUUUGGGCCGCGCUUCUAUGAAUGCGGAUGUUACAGAGGGGACAGUCCCAGCACCCGAGGACGCCGCGCUUCUAUGGAAACGUUUUGUACAGUUUUGGCACGGUUGUGGCGGUAUCGUAGACGUUCUGGGGGUUUGAGGGCUGCCAGCCACGGACAUCGCUGCGCUCCGGGGGCUCAGCCCAAAAACGGACUGGUGCAUGGACAGUACUGGGUUCCCGCGCCGCGUUUGCUAGCGCUUCCAUAGCCAGACUCCAAUAGCUGGUGGCGCCAGCGGCCCCGGGCCCGGUAGUUGCGGCAGCGCGAGGCCUGAUAGGGGGCUACAUAGGUGUGUGAUGGGACAGUGGCAAGGCAGGUUGGCAAAGUCCCUUAGGGCGCAUCUGAUAGGGGGCUACAUAGGUCCCUGUGCUUGCGCGCUCGCCUGUUCCCUUUUGUAACAAAGCACGCAUUCAUAGGCCCCUGCCUAGGCCUGGUCCCGAGUGCCCGGCGUGCAGGCAAAUGUUCAUAUGUGUAGAGCAUAGCGGGCGGGCAAGGCCACGUGGAGGAGGAGAGCGUACAGGCUGAGGAGCCGGCCGGUGUUUUGCUGGCGGUCCGCAGGAGAGCAGAGCGUGUGGUAGGCAGUGCGGCAUUCGAUGUCCUCGGCGCACGCUCUGAUUGUCUACCGUUGUACGGUGGUAACGUGCCAAACCAGGGGUAAUACGCACCCUGAAGAGGGCGAGGCGUUUGUUCGCUGAGCGGGACAGCGUGCCUUUCGACUAUAAAGCUG